GUCCGCCCAGGAAAGUAUAGCUGCUUAAUCAGUGUGGCGUGGGUCUGUAGCUUAAGAGAAGAUGAAUGGGAAACGGCCAGCUGAGCCGGCCCCGGCCGUGCGGGGGAAAAAGGGAAAGAAGGAGGUGAUAGCGGAGUCGGAUGCUGUCACGGAAGAAACCUUGAAAAAGCAGGUGUCUGAGGCCUGGAGCCGCAGGACGCCGUUCCGUCACGAGGCCAUUGUCAUGGACAUGGAACCCUUUCUUCACUGCGUGAUCCCAGACUUCAUCCAAAGCCAAAACUUUUUGGAAGGGCUUCAGAAGGAACUUUUGAACUUGGACUUCCAUGAAAAGUAUAACGAUUUAUAUAAGUUCCAGCAGUCUGAUGAUUUGAAGAAGAGAAGAGAGCCUCACAUCUGUGCUUUAAGGAAAGUUCUGUUUGAAGAUUUCCGGACUUGGCUUGCUGACAUUUCCAAGAUUGACCUGGAAUCAACUAUUGACAUGUCCUGUGCUAAAUAUGAAUUCUCUGAUGCCCUCCUCUGCCACGACGACGAGCUGGAAGGGCGCCGGAUCGCCUUCAUUCUUUACCUGGUUCCUCCCUGGGACAGGAGUUUGGGGGGCACCCUGGACCUGUACAACGUUGAUGAACACUUUCAGCCGAAGCAGAUUGUCAAGUCUCUUAUCCCUUCAUGGAACACACUGGUUUUCUUUGAAGUGUCUCCAGUAUCCUUUCACCAGGUGUCUGAAGUCCUGUCUGAAGAAAAGUCACGUUUGUCUAUAAGCGGCUGGUUUCAUGGUCCUUCACUGACCAGACCCCCCAACUACUUUGAACCACUUGUACCUCGGAGCCCGCACAUCCCACAAGAUCAUGAAAUUUUAUAUGAUUGGAUCAACCCUACUUAUCUGGACAUGGAUUACCAAGUUCAAAUUCAAGAAGAGUUUGAAGAAAGGUCCGAAAUCCUCCUAAAGGAGUUCCUUAAGCCUGAGAAAUUUGCAGAGGUCUGUGAGGCUUUGGAGAAAGGAGAUGUGAAAUGGAGCAGCCGAGGUCCCCCUAACAAAAGGUUUUAUGAGAAAGCGGAGGAGAGCAAGCUUCCCAACAUCCUGAAGGACUGCAUGGAAUUAUUUCGCUCCGAGGCUCUGUUCUUGCUGCUCUCCAACUUCACAGGCCUGAAACUCCACUUCUUGGCCCCUUCAGAGGAAGAUGAGGUGGAGGACAAAAAGGAGGGCGAAGGCACCUCUGCAGCUGAUCACACUGAAGAAGGGACUAGCCAUAGCUCCCCUGGGCCCCAGAGUCCUCAGACGGCCGUCAGCCACAGCAGCCAACAGAGCAGUGAACAGACAGACCCAGAGUCAGAGGAAAACGAAGCCAAGAGAGACUCAAGUGUUCCCACAUGCCAGGGGGAGUUGAGGCGUUGGAAGACUGGUCACUACACUUUGAUCCAUGACAACAGCAAGACUGAAUUUGCCCUGGAUUUACUUCUCUACUGUGGCUGUGAAGGCUGGGAGCCAGAAUAUGGCGGCUUUACUUCCUACAUUGCCAAAGGUGAAGAUGAAGAGCUGCUAACAGUGAAUCCGGAAAACAACUCUUUGGCACUGGUCUACAGAGAUAGAGAGACUCUGAAAUUUGUCAAGCAUAUUAACCACCGAAGCCUAGAACAAAAGAAAGCCUUCCCAAAUAGAACAGGUUUCUGGGACUUCUCGUUUGUCUAUUACGAAUGACAGGGCUGAGCCAAGCUGAAGAAAAGAGAUCCUUCCUCAGUACUGGGGAGUGCGGAAGAGCUAGGCAUCACGCGGAGAGCUACAAGGUGGCCUGUGUGACCGUGUCUUCAAAACUGCGUGGUAGGACUCAUCGUUAUUGUCUGCAAUCUAGGCCUUGAGCUUGGAGCCAGGUAUUUCUCUCUUGAUUAAAAAAAAAAAAAAAAAAAA